AUGGCCUCUGGGGCGAACGGGAGCUGGGGUCGCGCCUCACCACAGAGUGCAGCCCCGACGCCCUGGGUGACCAUCCUGCAACCCCUCUCGUGGGCCGUCCCAUCUCCGUCCCCACAGCCAGGUCGCGUCAAGGAAGACCUGCUGGAACUGAUGAUGCUGCAGAACGCGCAAAUGCACCAGCUGCUACUGAGUCGCAUGGUGGCUGGGGCGCUGAACCUAGGACCCGACUUGCCAGGCCCGCAGGUCUACCUGGAAGAGGAGGAAUCAGAGGAGGAGAAUGACACCCAGGAGGAAGGGCCAGUGGUGGUCCACCAUCACUACCUGCCCUGCCCCAUGCCACCCUGGGCCGCCCCUUUCCUUCAUCCACCUCCACACCAGCCCCACUGGCAGGAUGCACCCAGAAUUCAGCACCAGCCUCCUGCCUCUCGGCAAAGAAGAGUGAGACCUGUGCCCCCACCUCCACCUCCCAGUGCCACAGAGACUGUGGGUGCAGAUGUACCCCCGGCUUCAGACUACUAUGAUGCCGAGAGCCUUCCCUGA